GGAUGGCCAAUGACCUGGAGCAGGCAAUAGCUUCCAUCGUGAGCAUCUUCCAGAAAUACGCACACCGCUCUGAUGACAAUCACACGCUCUGCCAGGCGGAGCUCAAAGAGCUGCUGCAGAAGGAGCUGCCCACCUGGACUCCGACCGAGUUUCGGGAGUGUGACUACAAUAAAUUCAUGAGUGUUCUGGACACCAACAAGGACCAGGAGGUGGACUUUGUGGAGUACGUGCGCUCACUUGCCUGCCUGUGUGUCUACUGCCACGAGUACUUCAAGGACUGUCCCCCACGGCCCCCCUGCUCCCAGUAGUCUCUGCCCCUGCGGUGGUCCUGGGCAUGUCUCCCACAGCCCUUUCUACCCUCCCUCCUGUACCCCUUUCAGUCGGGACUGGCCCGGGUUCUCCCCGAUCUGUUAACCCAUGUUACCCAUGAGGCCCAGGGAUGUGCGGGAUCUUCCCCAGGACGUCCAGCUAGCAAGGGCUAGGGCGGCCCCAGCUGCGGCGGCCUCCCUGCGGCCUCCCCGCUGCGGAGGAGAGGAGGUGGAAUCUGCUCUGGCGCCACUGAGGUUCAGCGCAGCGUGCACAAGUGAG